UGUGGCUCUAGAAUCAAGUGAAUGCUCUUGUCUUUCGAUUUCUGCUCUGUUGCAUCUGCUCCCUACAGACUGCGAUUUGUCCCCUUCUUUGCGGCAUUUCCCCAGCCCGAUCUACUAGACAGGCGAAGGCAGAAUGGCGCCUACCGACAUGAGCGGCAUGGCUGGAGUGAAUGUUACUGCAAUGGCAAUGGCACUCACACCAGAGCAAAUCGCUGAGACAGAAUGGAGCAUUGAAAACACUGGACGCAUAACGGCCCACGAUUUUAAGAUAGCAAUUGGUGUUCUCUUCGGACUUGCCGCCUUGACUUGCACAGGCCGCAUCUUUAUCCGACUCUUCUCACGGCGGCGUCUUUAUCUCGACGAUGCCUUUCUUAUCUUCGCACUCACCUCCUUAGUGGGAGGGACCGCGAUUCUCUACAAACGUAUCCACAUGAUUUACCUCGAAUUCUCGGUUCUGCGACAAGACCCAGUUGCAUCCCUCCUCGCCUUUGAGCAGAUGGAUGAGUUGUUCCAACAGUCAAAGUGGCAGCUUGCCUAUCUACCCUUCCUCUGGACCGCCAUAUUUGCGGUCAAGUGGUGCUACUUCGCCUUCUUCUAUCCCUUGCUUCGGGCCAUGGCGAGAAGCAUCGUCUACUACUACUGGCUUGCCAUCGCUUUCUCCGUCGUUUCGUGGCUGUUUUUAGUCAUCGGAGAGCAACUCAUCACUUGCCCGCACGUAGGAAAAGCGGCUGCAAAAUGCUUCCCCGUUCUACCCGCUUCGAAGUCGGCGCUCUUGGUACUUUUCUGGAUCUGUCCCGUGCUCGAUGCGCUUUGUGAUAUCAUGAUCGUGAGCAUCCCAAUCCUCAUCCUCCGCCAAUCGCAAAUGCGCCUAAUCACCAAGAUCGGCUUGGGCGUCUUCCUCUGCCUUUCCGUCUUCAUGAUCGCCUGUUCCAUCAUUCGAGCAUCCGGUUUGUACUACGGGAAUGCUCUCGACUAUCCGUGGCAAGUCUUCUGGCUUCAUGCCGAGGCUUGUAUUGGUGUCAUCAUGGGGUCCAUCACCGUUUAUCGCUCUACCCUUGUUGGCUCCAACGAGGUUUCCGACAAACUGCAUUCAUACUUCGCCAGGAUUUUCGGGCGAGGUCCGUCUCACCAUGCUCACACCCCAGAUUCCGGAGAGAAUGAGAAAGGCGUCGAAUGGAAGCGCCGACUUGGGAUUAAGAUCCCUGGGGCAACUCUCACCGGCUUGCGCACUAUGUUCGGUGCCGACAAAGCGAAAGCAACGACUAAAUCCUCCUCCGCACUCUCUCAAGACUCUGACCUUGACCUUAUCGAAACCGACUACCACGCACACAUCAAGAAGUCGACAUCAGUAUCCGGGCCAACAUCACGAGAAGCGUUUUCUGAGGGAACAUGUUUCAAAACUAUGGGCCACACAUCCAGCAUAGCAGCGGCACGCAGCGCACAUAGCGAAGAGCCGCAACAUAUUGGAGGAGUUGCGGGCUUUCUUCUUCGUUUGGCAUUGCCGGCGGGACAUCGGGUGGUGCUGCAGCAUCGCUCAAUUGGCACCGGAGAGACUGAGGGGAGGACACAUUGAGCAUUUUAGGAUGUGAGAAUAGGGUUGUGACAUAACUCUAGAAACGGUUCUGGAGGAGGCCCUGGAUGUCUCGACUGGAUGAGCUUCAGUUCGUUCCUUUUUAAACUAUGAAAUAGUGCGCGAAUUGACGUUCCAGAUUUUUGGGAGGACAUAUUUUCGAAGUGUUGAGGCAGGACAGGCACAUAAUUAUU